AUGGCCGACGAAAACUACAACGCCGAGGAGGCUGCCGAGAUCAAGAAGAGAAGAGCAUUCAGAAAAUUCUCAUACAGAGGAAUCGACCUUGACCAGCUCCUGGAUAUCCCAUCGAAUGAACUCCUUACCAUUCUCCAUGCUCGUGCACGAAGGCGAUUCAACCGUGGUCUCAAGCGACGUCCUAUGGGUCUGAUCAAGAAACUCCGAAAGGCCAAACAAGAGGCCAAGCCCAACGAGAAGCCAGACCUUGUCAAGACACAUCUUCGAGACAUGAUCAUUGUUCCAGAGAUGAUCGGCUCAGUUGUUGGCGUCUACUCCGGCAAAGAGUUCAACCAGGUCGAAAUUAAGCCUGAAAUGGUUGGGUUCUACCUUGGUGAAUUCUCGAUCUCAUACAAGCCUGUCAAGCACGGUCGACCUGGUAUUGGUGCCACUCACUCCUCUCGGUUCAUUCCUCUCAAGUAA